CCUCGCGCUAUCAUAAUCUUUUCUCCUAAGGCUCCCUUGACAAUUUAUUCACAUCACGCGUACGAUAUAUACACAUGCCUACAGUAGUCUCUAUAAGCAAGCUGCAUGAACUCAUGUCUUCUUUGGCUUUAUGCUUCGGUAGUGGAGUCACUGGAGUGGCUAAUGACUUUAGGGGCUUAUUAUCUCCACACGAUACGCAUUCUCCCUGCAUUGCUGGCAACGCGUCCUCAUUUCCUAGAAGGGAUAACUGGUCUAAGAUGUCUACGAUGAUCCGUUGUAUCCCAUCCAUGUCGUAUCAAAGAGGAGUCUCAUUCGCCUUACGCAAGGAUGUUGCGCGACCUAAUCUGAAGCUUGAGAUCACCAUUCCCAGGAGAAAUUUGGUAGAGUCAACAAUGGAAACGUCAUACUGCAUGCAUUCGGAUAUACAGGGAAACAGUAAGAUGUUAUCGCUGGCUCGGCUUUGUGGGACUACUCCACUCUGUGGUGUAUGAUAAACACCCUGGAAUCUAUUCAAGCCAGUGAUCCGUUUCCCCCCUAGCUUUAGUGUUAUUGUGUAGAUCAGAGAUAUCCG